AUGAUGGACUCUGAUCUACCGCCAGGUAGCUGUAACUCAACUGGGCACUUGUCCACAAUAGGAUACCAUUCUUUACCCGGUUGGAUGCAUCAUUCGGCUAGUACACCUGCCGGGGUAGACGGCGCGGGAGGUGGCUCGCGUACGCCUCCUGCUACCCCCAAAAAAGGGGGCAAAAUGCUCGCCGUCAGAGUGCAGAUGCUAGAUGACACCAUCUCCAUGUUUCAAGUCCAGUCGAAAGCGCUGGGGCGGGUGCUGUUUGACCAGGUUUGUAGACAGUUGCAUCUGUUAGAGGCAGAUUACUUCGGUCUGGAGUACCAGGAUACCAAUGGAACUAGGUAUUGGUUGGACGUGGAGAAGCCGAUGUGUCGACAACUAGGUCUAUCUAUGUUGGAACCGUCGCUCCGUUUCUGCGUGAAGUUCUACACGCCUGACCCUGCGCGCCUGGAGGAGGAGUUCACGCGGUACCUGUUCUGUCUGCAAGUGAAGCGCGACCUGGCCCACGGAUGCAUCCAGUGCAAUGAGAAUACCGCCGCGCUGAUGGCUAGCUAUAUCGUGCAAGCCGAGUGUGGUGAUUUUGUGCCGGAAGACUAUCCCGAUCACACUUAUCUCAGCGGAUAUAAGUUCUUCCCAGGACAGGACUCCGAAUCCGAACGGCGGAUAAUGGAGAACCAUAAAAAACACAUAGGUCAAAGUCCUGCAGAAGCAGAUUUAAAUUUAUUAGAAACGGCACGGAGAUGUGAAUUAUAUGGUAUCAAAAUGCAUCCGGCGAAGGACCACGACAGCGUGCCAUUAAACUUGGCGGUGGCACACAUGGGCAUUGUGGUGUUCCAAAACUUUACAAAGAUCAACACAUUUAGUUGGGCUAAAAUUAGGAAGAUCUCUUUCAAAAGAAAGAAGUUUCUCAUCAAGCUACACCCGGAGGGAUAUGGUGCAUAUCGUGAUGUAGUGGAGUUCUUCUUCGAAGGUCGUAAUGAGUGUAAAAACUUCUGGAAGAAGUGUGUGGAAAAUCACGGCUUCUUCCGGUGUUCCAGCGUGCCGCGGCUGCCUAGGCAUAAAACGAGGGUCAUAUCACGAGGUUCAUCAUUUAGGUAUAGCGGUAAAACGCAGAAGCAAAUAGUAGAAUUCGUCAGAGACAAUUACGUGAAGCGACAGACAUUCCAAAGGUCGGGGUCGUUCCGCGCGUCGCACGGGUCGCGCGCCUCCGUCGCCCCGCCGCCCACCCAUCUCAACGCCAGCCUCUCCGCGCACCCGCUGCUGCCGCUGCCGCCCGGCUCUGACGCGAUUUCCCUGGAGUGGGACAAGCAACCUCACUACCUGGAGGCCUCUCUGAUGAUGAAGGGAUACAGUGCGGAGGAGGCGCGCGCAGCAGCACUUCGCUCGCAGAUGCGACGCACAUCGGAGGGCGCGACUCGCCCGCCGCUCGUAGCUACCGCCUAUGCCACCACGAGGGACAAGCUGUCAAAACUGUACUGCAGUCAAAUCGGAGCUCCCGAACUGGUGACCCGUGCAGAGGUCAAUCAUCAUCCUACGGAGGUUUCGCCUCCGCCUCAUCGGACGACGACACCAUUGGAUUCUCCGGAGAGUACAUGGAGCCCGGUGAUUUCGUCGCUCGUGAGUGGCCGCGGUCGCGCGCCCACUCCGCCACCGCGUGCGUCGCGCCCCCCCCCACCAGAUGAAGCAUCGCCAGAGGAAACUGAAAAUACUGUCUCGUCGGCGAGUUUGUGUAUGUCGCCGUCGAGUGAGAGGACGUAUGUCGAACCAUUGUGUACGUCGACGCCGUGUGCGCCGCGGGUCACUAACGGCCACGGCGUCGGCAACGGCAACGCGCACGCUGACGUCACUGAAGGAAAGACGCCCGGUGACGUUGCCGAAGGAAAGCGUCUCGGUGUUGUAAACGGCAAGACGCGCGCUGACGUCGUCAAUGGCAACGUUACGGUGAACAUUGUGUCGGAGUCAACGUACAGUAUGGACGUGCUUAGCGGCGGAGAGAGCGACGCGGGCGAUACUUUGAGUAGGCGAAACAACAAUAACAACAGCAUAUCGUCGAACUUAACGAACAGUGUUCGCGACGGCACUAUAGAAGCGCCGAAACGCCGCGGCGCCGACCUCUCUUACUUCAUAGCCAAGGAGCUGCUUAUGACCGAACGAACUUAUAAGAGGGACCUGGAGCUUGUCACCGUGACUUGGUCGCGGCGGGUGUCAGAAAUGGCCGCUAGCGGCGGCGCGGGAGUGGCCGAAGCGGCUGCAGCGCUAGCGCGUGCGUGUCUAGCGCUAGAGCCACUAGCGCUAGCGUGCGGAGCGGCACUAGCGCGGCUUGAGCGCGUGCUAGCUAAUGCCACUCGUUUUAAUGAAGAACCUGAGUACAGGAAAAUUGCUGAGCAUUUAUACGAAUAUUUAUCGAGCACAUCUGAUGCGUACGCUCAUUAUACCGAGCACGCUGGUACCAUAGUGGGCGUGGUGGAGAGCGUUCGUCGCUGUAACGACGCGGCGCGAGCCGAAUGUUCGUCGUUCGAGGCGCAUUCGCCGCUGCCGCUCGCAUGUCUGCUACUGAGGCCGCUGCAUCGCCUCUUGCAUUAUGAAGCUAUAGCUACAGAGUUGUGUUCUGUGAGCUGCGGGGAGAGCGUGCAGCGCGCGAUGGUGGUGUCUAGUCGCGGCGCGUGCAUGGCGCGCGUGCAGCUGCCGCACGCGCACAACCACGCGGCGCUCUGCCAGAUGCAGCGAGACAUCGCCGGAUACGACAAAUUGUUAGUGCCGAAUAGGGAAUUCAUCAGACUCGGUUGUGUGUACAAACAUUCCACGAAGGGGCUCCAGCAAAGGAUGUUGUUUUUGUUCAGUGACGUGUUAUUGGUGACGUCACGCGCGGGCGGCGGUGGCGGACAGUUCCGUGCGCACGCGGCGCUUGCGCUUCUGACGGUAUCUGUCAAACCGGCAGAUCUACCGAACUCGUUCGAACUACAAGGUGAAAACUGUCACAUGCUGAUGAGCGCGAGUAACGAGCAAGAAUACUUAGGCUGGAUGAAAGCAUUCGACAUCGCGACCGUCGAAGCUGCACGGAUGCCACCACCCUGUGUAGAACUAACGUCUGUAGACCAGCAUGCAGAGGGAACGACGCAGGUGAUGCAGACGAUGAGCAGCGCGCUCUCACAAGUGUGCUGGCAUCGAGCCGCCUCACUCUCCACUAAUCUGCUACAUGUAGCGCUACAGACGCAGCUGUCCGGAUACCUAUUGCGUAAGUUCAAGAAAUCUCCAGGAUGGCAGAAGCUGUGGGUGGUGUUCGCGAUGUUUACAUUGUUCUUCUACAAGACCUGGCAGGACGAGGCGCCACUCGCUUCAUUACCCUUGCUUGGAUACGCGGUGGCGUCGCCCACGCAGGCGGACGGCAUCGACAAGGAUUUCGUGUUCAAGUUACAGUUCAAGAAUCACGUGUACUUCUUCCGUGCAGAUAGUAUAUACACUUAUAACAGAUGGGUGGAAGUAUUAAAAACACCGAUGGUGCGUGAAGAUCACAAUUAG